CUAGAGGGGCUGAGCGCAGAGGAAGAGGAGGCCCGGCGAGGAAUGUGGAGAGCCGGCAUGGCUGCCGGGGAAGGCCUGCCGCAGAUGCUCCGGGCGGUCCGGGAGCAAGUGCAGCAGGCGGCGGCUCGGAGGCCCCAGACCUUACCUACCAUACCACCUCGUUUGGUGGCUGUCAGUAAAACCAAACCAGCAGAAAUGGUCAUUGAAGCUUACAAUCAUGGGCAGCGCAGCUUUGGAGAAAACUAUGUCCAAGAAUUAUUAGAAAAGGCAUCAGAUUCCAGAAUUCUUUCUUCUUGUCCGGAGAUUAAAUGGCAUUUUAUUGGCCAUCUGCAGAAGAAUAAUGUCAACAAGCUAAUUGUGGUGCCAAACCUAUUUAUGCUGGAAACAGUGGAUUCCAUUAAACUGGCAGAUAAGGUGAACAGUACUUGGCAAAAAAAGAACUCUUCUGAAAAGCUAAAGAUCAUGGUGCAAAUAAACACCAGUGGAGAAAUGAGUAAACAUGGGCUUCCCCCGGGGGAACUAAUCACAACGGUGGAACACAUUCUUCAGAAGUGUCCCAGUCUAGAAUUUGUUGGCUUGAUGACAAUUGGAAGCUUUGGGCAUGAUCUCAGUAAGGGUCCCAAUCCUGACUUCCAGUUGUUAAUAUCUCUGCGUCAAGAACUUUGUGAAAAGCUCAAUAUCCCAAUUGGAAUGGUUGAGCUGAGCAUGGGGAUGUCUACAGACUUUCAACAUGCAAUAGAAGUGGGGUCUACCAAUGUCAGAAUUGGAAGCACCAUCUUUGGAGAGCGCAGCUACCCCAACAAACCUGCUGGUGACAAAACCCAGAAGGAGGUCAAAGACAGUUUGGAGAGUUUGACUCUUAAGGAGAAUUAAUAGCAGAGGCCUAAGGGAUUCCCUCUGUUGGAGAGAAUCUGCUUGGAUACCCAGGCACUUGACUCUUCCUUUGUGUUGAUGGCAGUGGAGCACUAGCAGGUAAUUGGCAGGUGUGACAGGGACUUCAGCACCUAUACCUUUAUUCUUGUAUAUCCAUUGAGGUUGCAUUUAUAGGGGAAACAGCAGCACCUGUGAUUGGCUUCAGUACUUUAACUGCAGUGACUUAAACUGGACUUGGUCUGGGCAGAACACCCUUUCCAGGAGUGGCCAUGAUGCAUUUCUAAUCAGGCAUGUUUCUGGUUUGCUUCCCCUUGAAGCAAGGUUGCCUUAGGGAAAGGUUAUUCCCCACCCCACCCCUCUCUCAAAGCUUUUAUGGUUCAACUUCUGUGCUUCAUCUGACCUGACGCAUCUUUGCUAUCUUUAAUCUUUUCUGUGACAUUUCAGAAAACAUGCUCAGAUUGGGUGGCUUGCUAAGCAGCCCACAGGGGAAGGAUAGAUAGGGAUCCCAAUAUACAUCAAACCUACCCCUGGAUCUGAGAUUUGGAAGAGAUUGCAGCUGAAAUUGUUCUCUGACUACCAGUAUUAAUACUGCCUACUAGCUCUUUGCUGUACCAUUUGCUCUAUAAUGUAGGGUUUUUGUUGUUUGGGGGGGUGGGGGUGGGGGCUUUCCCUUUAUUUGAAUCAAGUAAAGUUUGGAAUAAUUCUGAUAGGAAGCAGGAUGUCUCUGCUUGUAAAAGCCAGGAAAGCUGCUGGCUCUGCCGCCAACAUGCAGGGUGAUCUCUUAACCGUGCUGUGCCUGAUCCCUUUAUGAGAAACGGGGCUGACCUACCUCAUGUGGCAAAUUGAGGGGUGGCUGGGUGCGAAACCUCUCCCCCUCGUUAUUAUCAUUCCAUAGGAAAGAAAAUAAUGGUUUUCCAGGGCAAACUUUGGAAUUCCUGCAUUUUAAUGCAAAGCUCUCUCUUUCCAGGUUUGAUGUCUGGAGUGUUAGUAAAUGAUAAUGGGUUGUAUCUCCACUGUAUAUAUUUUGCCCCCAUCUUUAAAAAGUACACCUUGACUAAAGUCUUAUUGAAACAGAAUGCAUUGCUAAAGAUCCAUCGGAAUAUUCAUCCUUCCUUCUGAAAACCCCAGUUGGUGAAAAUGUUUACCGUGGAAUCUGUUUUGUAACUCACAUAUUGACAAUCUACUUGAAAGCCUGGCCUCAUGCUAUAAGUGAUCUUGGCAGAAAUAUGUGUGAAUUUUUAAAAAAAAAUAUCCUCUCCUUUUUUCUCUGUAGCAAAAUGCUUCUAGCUCUGUGCAUCUCUGGAAUAGUUAAAUGGUGUAUCUUUGAGCCCAUUGCGAUAUAAAACACAUGCUUGACUCAUAGAAAGCUCCAGAUUUAACCCCACAUCUCCCACAAAUAAAAGAGUAGCAGAUUAUGAGUCUGAAUUCUACUUGGCAUUUUCAACACUCAAUAGCAAUCGUAGAAUGCAUUGGACUUACCAGGUGAGAUUCCUUAUCCAGGUAAAAGCCAGGUCCUUUAUUUUUAAUUUUGGGAGUCACUUGAUUGUUCUCAUCUUGGACUUCAUCUAUAUGCUACUAAAACUCUCACAUCUGAUUGAUUGUAAACUUCAAAUGGGCAAAACGUUGCAUUCAUAAGGCAACAGUUGUUGAAUCAACGUUCCUCAAACAGGUUAUCUUACAGAAUGCAUCCAAAAUCCAGGAGCCUGUGAGCUUCCUACAAGGAAAGUCAGUGGGGAAGCCAGCAGGAAGUCAGAUAUCACUCCCAGGUCCUUCUGCUAUUUUGUCUGCUCAUGGUCAUACUAUUUCUGUGUUUAAGUGAAGAAAUAGCUCUGAAAUGGUGAUCCAACAGGGUUCUCUGGUUCUUAUAUAUAACUGCAAGGUACAGAACAUCCUGCUAGCCAGUCUUUUACAGUGCAGGUGCAAUGCAAAAUGCAAUCCAAACUGACCUAUCCCUGAGCUCCCCCAAUCUUUUCUUUCUCUUAAAAAUAAAACUAGUUGUGAAUCAAAAUAUUAUGCUACUUAAAAAGCUAUUAAAGAUAU